AAUUUUUUUUUUACAUUUGGAAGCAGCAGAUGAAAUUCAGAUAAUCUGAAAGAACAUGGCGGAGUAUUUGGCAUCUAUUUUUGGAACUGAAAAGGACAAGGUCAAUUGUUCGUUUUAUUAUAAGAUUGGUGCUUGUCGCCAUGGUGAUCGUUGUUCACGUAUACACACGAAGCCUUCAUUCUCGCAAACUGUUCUUCUACAAAAUAUGUACAUAAAUCGUCAAAACUCGUCAAAGUCUGCAAACUAUGAAUACUUAGGCUAUGUACUUACAGAACAAGAAAUCCAAGAGCACUACGAUAACUUUUACGAGGAUGUCUAUGUAGAAUGCAUGGAGAGAUAUGGAGAAAUAGCUGAGUUACAUGUUUGUGAUAAUCUUGGGGAUCAUCUUGUUGGAAAUGUCUAUAUCAAAUUUAAAUAUGAAGAAGAUGCAACAAAGGCGUGUGAGGAGUUGAAUCAUCGCUGGUUUGGAGGACGCCCAAUUUAUGCAUCAUUAUCACCAGUAACUGAUUUUCGUGAGGCGUGCUGUCGUCAGUAUGAUUCCGGUGAAUGUACACGUUCUGGAUUUUGUAAUUUUUUACAUCUUAAACCUAUUUCACGUGGUUUAAGAAGAUAUUUGGACAAAUGUAGUAUCAAGUUUAGUCGUUUAAGACGUUCAGAACGUGCAAAAUUACAAGGUCGUUCAAUAUCAAGUUCACGUUCUCGCAGCGUUUCACCGAAGCGUAGCCGUUCAAAGAAUCGUGGGCGCUCGCGGAAUCGCAGCAGCUCAAGAAAUCGUAUGCGUUCUCGUAGUCGCCCCCGGAAUAGAAGCCGCUCACGAAGGCGUAGUCGUAACCGAAGUCGAAGUCGCUCGGUAAAUCGCAAACAAUUACGUCGACGCUCAGGAACACGAUCUUACAGUCGUUCACCAAUUCGCGCUAGUCCACCUUCUCCAAUCUCCAGUGAAACUCAUACUCCAACUCGUUCCCGCUCACAUUCACCAGCAAAACGUUCACCACCACAACCUCGCAUAUGUGGCCCCCGCACACCACCUAAUGAACCAGAACCAACAUAUACCUGUUCUAACAAUCAAGACCAUAAGUACGGUUCAUCUCCAGGAGGAAAUAAUUCGUUCAUGAGUAAUAACUCAUUCUUCUGAACCAAAAGUUCUUCUUGGUUCAGAAUCACUUUUGCCGCCAUGUUAAGCUUUUAACUCUCUUUCAAUAAUGACUACAGAAGAGUAAACCAAAAAUACCACCAUUUUAAUCAUUUUGAAUUAAAAUAAUUUGUCUCGUAUUUAGUUUCCGUACAAAUAAUUUAGUAUCAUUUUUAAAUCGAUAAAUAAUGUUCAAUUAUUUG